CGAUUACUCGAGCGUCCCGAACAGCGACGAGAUACUGUUGAUGCAUGCAUGCUGACUUUGGACCCGUGGUGGUGGUGGUGGUGGUGGUGUAUGGUUAUAUAUAUAGCAAAUAUCCAUUUUGCUUGCUUGCUUGCCUCCAACACGUCCUCGGCUUGAUAGCACACAUCCCACAAGUAUCCGCAUACUUGUGCACCUCGCCCGCUCGCUCGCUCGCUCAGCUUGCAACCCGGCGUCCUCUGACUUGCCACCUCGACAUUUACAUUCAUACCCACACUUGCGUCAUCAUGCCAGCCAUCCAAUCGGGCAAAGUGCUAGUGACGGGUGCAAGCGGCUAUGCGGGAGCAUGGUUAUGUCUAGCUCUGCUACGUCAAGGCUUUUCCGUGCGCGGCACAGUCCGCUCAACAGAAAAGGGUCGUUACCUCGAACAAUUGUUUCAGAGUCAGCAACAACAAUUUGCAAAGGACAAGUUCGAGUUUGUCAUUGCGGAGGAUUUGGAGAAGGAAGGAGCUUUCGAUCAGGCAGUCGUCGGUGUGGAUGCUGUCUUUCACUCGGGCUCGCCGUUCCACUACGAUGCCAAAGGCCAAGCCCUGACCAAGCUGGUGCAUCCCGCAGUGAACGGCACCAAAAACGUUCUGAACAGCAUCCACUCGCACGGUACUUCUGUCAAACGCGUCAUCAUCUUUUCCUCCUUUGCGGCCAUCGUGGAAGUGUCCAAACCCGUACCUACGGUCUUCAACGAAGAGAGUUGGAACGAGACGCACGCCAAGGAGAGCGCAGAAAAGGGAGAAGAUCAAGAUCCUUUGGCUGCAUAUCGAGCUUCCAAGACGCUCGCAGAGAGAGCUGCGUGGGCUUUCGUAGAGGAGAAAAAAGUGCCUUGGGAUCUGGUCACUGUCAAUCCACCAUUCAUUUUUGGCCCUCCCAUUCACGACGUGUCGGGCGGAGCAGAGAAGCUCAACACUUCGCUGUCCAUCUUCUGGGGACUACUUCACGGCUCCAAGUCCGAGUCUGACCUUCUAACACCUGGCGGGUCUUUAGUAGACGUUCGAGACGUGGCCGAAACGCACGUGCAAGCCCUAAGGCACGCCCAAGCAGGAGGUCAACGUUACGCGCCCACUUCUGGACCUUUUACGUUUCAGGAUAUCGCCGAUGCUGUGCAUGGCGAUGCGCAGGGUUUGGUGCCUGAAGAAUGGAAGAGAGCGACACCGAUUGGUAAACCUGGGAAGGGAAAAGAGGUGGUGCAGAAUUCUCUGGACGGGUCAAAGACUGCCGAGCAGCUAGGCAUCAAGUACAAAUCUAUCCCUACCAUCGUCCUUGAUACAGUCGCCGCGCUCAAAGAUUACGAGGAGCGCAAGUGGAAGCCAUAUCCAUCUGACAAGGUGCUUGCCCUGUAGAUCCUCAUCCGUGAUGGCGCCCCGUUCGCAUUGGAUACUUGAAACUAGGAUGAUAUGCAACACCUUUUGUGAUGUGUCGCUGCAUCAAGAUGCACGUGCAAACCCGAACAUCACCAUUAGCAGUUGGG